AUGGUCCCAAGGAUCUUGAUAGUCGGUGAGCUGGUUUGGGCGCAAGAAGAUUGCCAAAAGCUUCUGGGGGAUAUUGCCGAAGUGAUUACUUAUGAAUCUUCGGACCGUGAUACAUUCGUGAAAGAGCUAGAGCCUGGAGGAAAAUACGAAGGAAUUGUCGGUAUCUACAGAGACAAUACCUCAGCCCAGAACAUCGGGAUCUUUGAUAAGGAGCUGGUGAAUGUAUUACCUUCGUCGUUGAAGUGGAUAGCCCACAACGGAGCAGGGUACGAUCAAAUCGAUGUUUUGGCAUGCAAGGCUCGAGGUAUCUUCGUAUCAAACACGCCUGGUGCUGUCGAUGAUGCCUCAGCCACGACUGCAUUAUACCUUUUGAUAUCCACAAUGCGCAAUUAUUCGAUCGCUGAGCGAAGCCUUCGUGAAGGCAAGUGGAAACCUGCCGUCGCCCCUAUAUCGCAUGAUCUUGAAGGUCGUACUCUCGCGAUUCUGGGCUUGGGUGGUAUUGGGAUGCGUCUCGCACAGCUCGCACAUGCCUUCCCCAUGCGUAUUAUCUAUCAUUCAAGACACAAAAACCUGAAUGCACCGGAAUGGUGUGAAUAUUUUGAGGAUGUGGAAGAGAUGCUGGCUCAGGCUGAUGUGUUGAGUGUUCAUGUGCCCUUGAGAGAGGAGACUGUGGGUCUUGUUGGGGAGGAGUGGAUUCGUAAACUUCCAAAGGGUGCUAUAAUUAUUAACACUGCAAGAGGGAAGAUCAUCGACGAAGAAGCAAUGAUUCGCGCGUUGGAGGAUGGCCACCUUGCAUCCAUCGGACUCGACGUCUACCCGAACGAACCCGAGGUGAACCCCCGUCUCCUUGAGUUCCCGUACAUCACACUGCUUCCCCACAUGGGAACGGAGAAUCAAGAUUCCCAACGCAAGAUGGAAGUGCGAGCACUGACCAACCUCCGUGAUUUCCUCACAACAGGUCGUGGGUGGGACAUCGUUACGGAGAUGAAGGAUUUGUGA